CGGUGCACUGCGAACAUGGCGGAGCGCGGGCGGAAGCGGCCGUGCGGACCGGGUGAACACGGACAAAGGGUUGAGUGGCGAAAAUGGAAACAACAGAAGAAAGAGGAGAAAAAGAAAUGGAAGGACCUCAAGGUGACCAAAAAGCUGGAGCGGCAGCGAGCACAGGAGGAGCAGGCCAAGCGCCAGAAGGAGGAAGAGGAGGCAGCUGCCCAGAGGAAGGACCUAGGACGGCCCUACACCCUGAGCGUGGCCCUGCCUGGCUCCAUCCUGGACAACGCCCAGUCGCCCGAGCUCCGCACUUACCUCGCUGCCCUGCAGCCCAGCCUCAGCCAGGCAGGAACCCGGCCCACUUGA